AUAUAUAAAUAAAGGCGGUUGUGUUUGUAGACGUGACGGUCUAUGCCAUUACUUCCCGCUUCAAAUCCCUAAUUUCCUGGUAAAUCACUCUUCGUCCCCAAUUCAAUCUCCAUUUUCAUACAUACACUUGAAUCUUCUGCGUUCAACUUCAGUUUCUUCUUAAAGGCCAUUGACGCAAGGCAUCCGAUAAGAUGGUUGAACAAAUGGUUAGCUCUAAUCUCAGCAAGUACGGUCUCGGAAAAUGUGCAAGCAUCAUCACUACAGCUACCACCACAACCACCACCGCCGCCGCUGCCGCUGAAGUGAGAGAUGUGCAAAACGACAAUAAACCUCACAGGUCCUUUGACGAAGAUCAACCCAAGAGUCCUACUACUGGUAAUGUCAAUCGUAAUCUCGUUUAUGCACGUAGGAAAUCCGAAACAGAACUGAGUAACUCAGACAAGAACCGAACAACGCCAUCAGCAUAUCAACCACAAGCAGCAGGUGAUAAAAAGAAGCCUGAUGAAUCUUUUGCACCUAACUCUAUAGCAGCUACUGCUACUACAAUUAGAAGUUUUGAAAACGAGCAAGCGAAGUCUGCAAUGGAGCAUUGGAGUGCAAGAUUUGCUCAGCUGCACAACUACUUGCGCCAAUGUGACGCCUCAAAUCAGGAGGUUUAUCUUCAGAAGCUCCGAUCGUUUUCUCCUGAUGAGUGUAACAGACAUGCAGUUGAACUCGAGAGGCGUGCCAUUCAACUAACCAUGCAAGAAGGGACAGAAAUACAGAGGGUGAAGGAGUUAAAUGUGCUUCUUCAAUUCGGGCACUGACUCCGGUAGGAGAAUUGAGAUUCUAUUCUGGUGAAUGUUUAAUUAAAAGAUGCUGCUCAUGUGAUUAUCGGCUCUCGGUGCUCGGCCUGUAUGGUUAGGGACAUGUGUAACUAACUAUUUAUUGAACCAUCCAACUACAACUGUAUUGAUGAAUAUUUGUUGCAACUUUCUGACCCUGAUCACUAGUCUGAAUUAUCUUUAUUCAA